AUGUUGUCGUGUACGCAAAAAUUUGAGACCAAGCUUACUAAAAGUCUCUACCAUCUCGGCUAUUCAUUAGGAAAACAUCCAUGGCGCUACAUCAUCACCAUUCUUUUCUUCACCGCUAUUUCAACGAUUGGCGUUUUACGGUUUUGUCAGUGGAAUAACCCACGUGAAACGUUUACUGAUUCUGAUUCACCGAGUUCUCGUGAGAGGACUGUCAUUCGCGAAUUUCUCGGCGUUCAAGGAAAUGUCCACUUUGUUGAUGUGUUGAUAAAAGCUGCUGACAAUGGGAGUCUAAUACGACACGAUCAACUCGAGGAUCUCAAUCGUUUCCUCAAUGAUUCCACAUCUUAUGUUCAUAUUCGAUCUGAUGAUUUAAACCUCACCUACAACGAGAUGUGCUCACCAUAUUGCGCAAAGCUGACCCCAUUGCAAACGUUGAUUGAGAUUUUUCUCAAGGAUUUAGAUGUAGUGAGAACUUAUCCGAAAUUCGAGCUUGGCGAUCAGCAACUUUAUGUCGGUGACAGUGUCUAUGACGUCACUCUGAAUGAAAGUACACAAGAGAUACAGUCAAUUGGCGCAGUGGUCGUUCACUUUAUGCUCACUCAUCCAACAAAAGAACCAAUGUUCGAGUGGGAAAAUGAGUUAUUAAAAAUUCUUGAUCUCGGUCUCUAUCCAUCACUCUCAAUCGGCGCCUCGUCGGACGAGUUGAUACGAAAAGAAGUUCAAAUGAUGGGCAAUAAAUCCUCAAUUGGCCUUCUGGGUGCGCUGAUCAUCCUCGUGUCUUUCAUGAUCAUUUGUUCGUUGAGAUAUGAUUUACGAGAGUCUAAAUGGUGGGAAUCGCUGUUCGGCGCCGGGAUUCCGGUGUUGGUGAUGGCUGUCACUGUGGGUUUAAUCUCGGCUACCGGUUACCCAUUUCAAUCGAUCGCCGUCGCUGUCAUGUUUCUCAUUUUGGCAAUAGGCAUUGACGAUGUUUUCUUGAUGAUCGCCGCCUGGCAUCGCACAGAUAAAAAGCUGCCGAUCGCCGAGAGAACCGCUCGAAUGGUUGAGAGCUCGGGAAGCUCGAUGACUGUGACAUCGGUGACGAAUUUUAUCUCUUUUGGCAAUGGUCUGCUUUCUACAACACCAGUUUUACAGUGCUUUGCCAUUUAUGCUACAGUGGCAUCUGUGAUCGGUUUCGCUUUUCAAAUCAUUCUCUUUCCAUGUGUGCUGGCUUUAGGAGCUUAUAAAGAGACUCGAAUCGAUGAUCAGAAAGCGAGCUGCGCUCAUUUCCCACCAGCUCGCGUGUUGGGUCGCUGGAGAAUCGCUUUUUGCAAGUUGAUCGCUCAAGCUGCGACUAAUGGCUUCGUGCAGAUUGCGACGAUAUUUCUAAUGAUAGCUUACUGGGCGAUGGCUACUUAUGGACUGACAUUAAUGGAGACAGAGCUAGCAAUUCAACACUUGGCUCCAAAAGAGUCUCCGCUUGUUCGGAUGAGGAUCGAGUUUGAUGAAACUGUUAAGCAAAUGCAGACAAUGGCCAUCGUGGUGAAAAAGCCAGGAGAUCUGAGGGAAAAAUCGAGAUUAAAACGAUUGAAUGACAUGGUUAGAGAAUUUGAAGUCACACCUCAUGCUUAUGGAAACUCGUCAACAAUCUAUUGGAUCCGAGAGAUGAUGGAUCAAGAAGAUCAAUUCGAUUACUCGUCGUUAGUCGAUUUUAUUGAUGACACUCCGCAAUGGACAGCACUUGUUAAGAUCAAUCACACCGCUUGCGAGGAAGAAGAGUCGGCUUGUGUUCGGGAGUUUAUGUUUACCACCGGUUUCACUGACUAUGUCAAAUACAAUGAUGUCUACAAGUUGAUCACCGAGUGGCGAAAGAUCACCGCCAAGUACAGCGAAUUCGAUGCCUACGCUUACACGGAGAGAAGUGAUUUCUCGGAUUCGGCAGCUACUUUAAUCAGCACAAUUUGGUGGACGAUUCUAUCCGAAGUGAUUUGUAUGAUUAUUGCCUUUAUCUUCUUCAUCCCGAACAUUCACUCGAUCAUCGCUGCCACUUUUGCCUUAUUCAGCGUCAAUUUGGGUGUGCUGGGUUUUUUGAACCUUUGGGGUGUCGGCGUGGAUCCGUUCAGUCUGGCUUCAUUGUUGAUGUCGGUUGGCUUCUCAGUGGACAUUUGUGCCCACGUCAGCUAUCACUACUAUCAAAUGAAGCACCAGAGUCCUCAAAAGAGAAUCGAGCACACACUAUUGGACGUGGGAUGGGCUACAACACAAGGGGCUCUCUCAACCCUGUUAGCGAUGGCACCCACAGUUUUCUUUGAUUCAUAUCUACUGCUCGUUUUCUUUAAGACAGUGAUCCUUGUGAACACUUUUGGUAUCAUUCACGGUCUUUUCAUUCUACCUGUUCUCCUCGGGAUUCUCUCGCGUUUUCAGAAGCCAAAAGAAUUGCGAAGAGGAAUCCAAGAUGUCUCAGCGAUCAGCGACAAGUUU